AUGCUCCUGGAGCAGGCAGAUUUCCGGGCUAUCCAGAUGAAGCGUGACGGGACCGCGUUCUUGUCCAAGACAGGGAUCUGGUCUGUCAUCGACCAGUCCGGAUUGGACACUGGUCGGAUCGCAGUAGUUGACUUCAAACCUAACGGCCAAGUAGCCAACCUCAUUCGGCUCCGGCCUUGGCAUCUGUCGGAACUGCUCCUGUUGCUUAUAGGCUUAGAUAUGCCUCUCCUGGAUAUCCUGGAAGAGACAAGGCAACGACGGGAAUUUGGAUGGGCAGAGUGGGGAAGUCAAGAGAUCUGGACGCGCGAGAUUGACCGGAAUGCCCCUGAAUAUCUGGUGUUGGAGGCCCAAGGGCGAGAGUCGGAAUUUAAUCUAGAGAGCAUCCGAUCGGUCUGCGAUGAUCAAUUGGGGUGGCUUCCCAUCCCAGGAAAGAUCCAAAAGCAACACUGA